AUGGCGUUCAAGAACAUCGCGGCAGCCCUGCUGCUGGCUCUCGCCGCCCACGGCGCUGUGGCACUCCCCACGGCCACCGACGACGCUGCUCUCGCCCUCAUCACAGCGCCGCCAGACCUCAAGGACCGCGCGGUCCUGGAUAGAAGACUCAACCUUGACCCCGGUAGCUUCAUCGGUAGCGUCCUCAGCGGCCUCGGCAGCGACGUCAGCAGCUUUGUCGCCUCGGGGGUGCCUCAGUACUUCCAAAACUUGCCUGUGGGCGACGAUGUCAAGAGCAAGCUUGGCAUCAGCGACCAGGACCUCGAGGCGAUCCCUACGCAGGUGCUCAACCUACCCAGCUACGCCAACUGGACCGAUCAGGGCUGGAACAUGCGCGUGCAUGGCAACGUGUACAAGCUGCCAAAUGUGUCCCAAUCCAAAAUCGAUGACCUGGCAAACGUGUUCCUGAUUGACGUCGACAUAGACCAGCUGUCUCCGUCGGAGCAGGCUGAGGCCAGGAACGUGACCCGCUCCAUCUUUGUGGUCCAGCAGGGAGACGAGCAGGUUACCAUGGAUUUUGUCACGGACGUCAGUGUGCGGCCAGAUGCCAGUGGCGGUGUGAUCAACGCCAAAGGAGGAAACCAGACAAUUAUCUUGCCGUACAAUACAACCGACGAGGGCGAUUUUGACGUGUUUGUCCCGCUCAAAAACACCACUGGUCAAACCGGCGGACACUUGCUGCGUGGCAACGAGACAAGCUCGAUCCAGGCGUUGAACAUGUACGCAAAGGGUACCACCUCUGGCAACGCCACUGCCUACCUGGUCCCGCCCAAGGGAUACACAAUUGUUUCGGACAUCGACGACAUCCUGCGAGUCACCAAGAUCUAUGUGCCAAAGGAAGGGCUGCUCAACUCUUUUGCGCGUCCCUACACCCCUUGGAUGAACAUGCCCGACAUCUAUGCCAACUGGUCCGCGUCGAUCCCAGACUUCCACUUCCACUACCUGACUACCACUCCCGAGCAAGUCACACGCAACUACAUGGACUUCAUAUACAAGACUUAUCCUCUUGGAUCGUUUGACACACGCCCGCUCAACUUCUCGGAUGUAUCGGCCACCCUGUCCAUCCGCAAGUUCCUGCUCAUCAAGAUCCUCCAGACGUUCCCCGAGCGCAAGUUUGUGCUGGUGGGGGACACGACAAACUCGGACAUCAUGAGAGACUACCCGCAGCUGGCCAAGGACUACCCGAACCAAGUCCAGUGCAUCUUCCUGCGCAACACGACCUCCACGGACGACACUGAUCUCUUCCCGUACGACACCGCCGGCUUCCAGGGCCUGGACCAGCGCAAGUACAUGUUCUUCAACGUGCCCGACCAGCUCAGGAACACCGACAUUGUGGGUGGCAACUGCUACAACCCGGCCGUCAUCCAGAACGUCACUUUUGGCUAUCAGGGCCGCGGGUUCGGCAACACCAAGAACGAUGCCGUGUCCCCGCUUGCAGGCCGGACAUCUCUCAUGGCGCUGGCUGCGCCCGUGAUGAUGAUGCUGAUGGUGCUGCUGUAG